AUGUUCAUUUCAUCAGCUCACGCGGAAGCGCGCAUUCCUGUCCUGCGACAACUGAUCCGCGACUACCCUCUCGGCGUCCUCACAACCGCCAUCCCUUCCGACAACCAUCCUCUCAUCCUAGCUAGCCACGUUCCUUUCGUCCUGGACGUUGACGAUGAGUCAGACGAUGAAGAGCUGGGUCGGCUGAGGGGACACUUGGCUCGCCAAAACCCCCAAAGCAAGGCAAUGAUCGAAGCCGUCCAAUCCUCCAACGAUUCCUCAACCACGCUUGACCAAGAAGUCCUCGUCCUCUUCACCGCCGCGCCUCAUCACUACGUCACGCCCAAGUUCUACACCGAGACCAAGCCCACGACCGCCAAGGUUGUUCCUACGUGGAACUACGCCGCUGUCCAAGCGUACGGUCGCGCCACCAUCCACUUUGACUCCAAGUCAGACACAGCGUCAAGCUUUCUUUCGAAGCAGAUCGACGAUCUCUCGAGGCACACGGAGACUUCGGUCAUGGAUUAUACGGGGAAGGGGGACAGACCCGGACCGUGGAAGGUGGCGGACGCCCCUGAGCGGUACAUCGAGCUGAUGAAGAAGAACAUCAUUGGCAUUGAGAUUGUGAUUGAACGUUUAGAGGGGAAGUUCAAGAUGAGCCAGGAGAUGCGGAAAGGUGAUAGGGAAGGAGUCAUCCGUGGAUUCCAGAGCCUAGACUCUGAGGGAGGCCAGGUCAUGGCUAACUUGAUCAAGGAGCGUAGUGACUUGAAAGAGUCUGCGAAGCAGUAG